AUGGACUGCCGUUCGUUGGCCGCCGAUUAUGGCUCCCGAUUCAGCCCCGGCCCGGCCAUCAAUGACCCCCGGCCUCCGGGGGUCCGUCUUCGGCGCAAUUGGUCUCACUUUCUCGGAUGCAUCCUGUUCUUGGUGUGCUGCUGCUGCUUCGGCCAUUGGCCCGCCGCUGCGGCCAUGCGUCCGGACCGUGUGAGGGAGCUCCGCCGGGAAACUGUCGACAUGUUCUACCAUGGCUUCGACAAUUACAUGAAUAUUGCCUUCCCCGAGGAUGAGCUUCGUCCAGUAUCUUGCACCCCGCUCUCUCGGGAUGGCAAAAACCCACGGAACGUCGAGCUCAACGAUGUCCUGGGCAACUACUCGCUCACGCUCAUCGAUAGCCUCUCGACCUUGGCAAUUCUUGCGUCUGCUCCUCCCGAGGACGGCAAUACUGGAUCCAAGGCGCUGAGCGACUUCCAAACCGGCGUGGCUGCCCUGGUUGAGCAGUAUGGCGACGGCACUCCCGGCCCCUCGGGCGUGGGCCUACGUGGGCGAGGCUUUGAUGUCGACAGCAAGGUGCAAGUGUUUGAGACGGUUAUCCGUGGCCUCGGGGGGCUUCUGAGUGCCCAUCUGUUUGCCAUUGGUGCUUUGCCCAUCACGGGGUACGAGCCGCGCCGCCCCGGUGACGAUUUGCUGAAACCCCGUCCUGUUGUUUGGCCGAACGGGUUCACGUAUGAUGGCCAGCUGCUGAGACUAGCCCAGGAUUUGGGCCAGAGACUCCUCCCGGCCUUCUACACCAAGACCGGUAUGCCGUACCCGCGCGUCAACCUUCGCCACGGCAUUCCGUUCUACACCAACUCACCUCUGCACGGUGAUGGUGCGGCCGGGACCGUGGAUGGGCCGCCUGAGAUUACCGAAACGUGCAGUGCCGGCGCGGGGUCGCUAGUGUUGGAGUUCACCGUCCUCAGCCGUCUUACUGGUGACCACCGGUUCGAGCAGUUAGCCAAGAGGGCCUUCUGGGCUGUGUGGUAUCGGAAGAGCCAAAUAGGUCUGAUCGGCGCGGGGGUUGAUGCCGAGCAGGGGAAUUGGAUAGGUUCCUAUGCCGUGAUCGGCGCGGGCGCCGACAGCUUCUUUGAGUAUGCCCUGAAAUCCCACAUCCUGCUCUCGGGCCACGAUCUCCCGAACCGGACCGUGGCCCGGCCCAACCAGGGCGGUGCAUGGAUGGACCCGAACACAAUUUUCCCUCCGCUGAGUGACGCCGAGAACUCUCCCGACUCGUUUCUCGAAGCCUGGCAUCACGCACACGCAUCCAUCAAGCGCCAUCUCUACAGCGACCGCGACCAUCCCCAUUACGAAAACGUCAACCUAUGGACCGGCUCACUGGCGUCGAAUUGGGUCGACAGCCUAGGCGCAUACUAUUCGGGGCUCCUAGUCCUCGCUGGGGAGGUGGAUGAGGCCGUCGAGACGAACCUGCUCUACACUGCCAUCUGGACACGCUACGCCGCCCUCCCAGAACGAUGGUCUAUGCGAGAAAAAACUGUCGAAGGUGGGCUGGGCUGGUGGCCGUUGCGGCCCGAGUUCAUCGAGUCCACGUACCACCUGUACCGCGCCACCAACGAUCCUUGGUAUCUCUAUGUCGGCGAGAUGGUACAGCGGGAUAUUGCAAGGCGAUGCUGGACCCCAUGUGGCUGGGCGGGGCUCCAAAACGUCUUGGAUGGGGAGAAGAGCGAUCGCAUGGAGAGCUUCUUCCUCGGGGAGACCGCCAAGUACAUGUAUCUGCUCUUUGAUGACCGGCACCCGUUGAACGCAUUCGACGGCGCAUACGUUUUCACGACCGAAGGCCAUCCUCUCAUCAUCCCCACAGGCGUGACUGAGGGCAGACGCCAAACCGCUAGACCUAAUCGGAAGGACUUGACCAUUCACCACGAUGAAGAGUUCACCAACUCGUGCCCUCCACGCCCGGCCACGACUCCCCUAUCCGGCUCAGUUAUUGCCGCCAGAGACGACAUAUACCACGCUGCACGCAUGUUGGAUCUACAUUUGCUGUCCACUUCGCCACUCACCGUCGAUGGUGGGCAAAUGUCCGGUCAGCAUAUGGCUCGAUCCAACUUUACGUUGUAUCCCUGGACACUCCCGGCCGAGUUGCUGCCCAGUGACGGUAUCUGCGCCAGAGUCAAUCACCCGGCAGAGCUCAUCCUAGAGUUCUCAUCGAAUGCAGGGCAAGCAGCUGGCGGGAGUGCCUUCAACUUCAUGCUAGGGAACCAAAACUUGGAACGUCUGAGCGUAGACCGCAUCCGUGUUACCAGCUUGUCCGGACUGAAAAUAACGAUGCGUCUCGAAGAGAGCCCGGAGCGAGAAUGGCGAGUCAACAAGAUCAACGGUGUCCCCCUGGGCCGCGACGAGUCCGUUAUCUUUGACCGGUCCAUCCUCGGCGAGAUCUCAGACCCCAGGUUUACCCUCGUUCGUGACCCCGUCAUGGCCAAGCUCCAGCACCUCCACCAAGUCGAUCUCCUCGGCAAUGACACAGCAGAGACCACCAACCAUGACGCCCACCAAGACGACGACGAGGAGCCUCACGUCGAAACCCUCCAAGACACCGAGCACUCCGCCGACGCCCUCACCGACCUCGGCUCCCUCGUCAAAUCCCUCUUCAGCCGCAUCACCGCAUCCCUCGACAUCCAACUCCCCACCUCCCUCCCCAGCAUCGGCAUCAACAUCGGCACCGGCAGCGCCUCCCUCCCCUUCAACCUCGUCAUCAACACAACCGCCAUAACCCCCACCGGCGUCGGCGCCGCCCCGCUCCCCGACACCGGCAACACCGUCCCACCACGAACCCCACCCUUCGGCCCCGUCCCCGACGCCGCCUUCCCCUGGUCAACCGUCUACGCAGCGGGCGACGCAUGCGGCGGCGCCACCUCCAACCCCAACACCACCCCCCUCCCCGACACCGCCCCCCGCAACCACCAAAUCCUGCUCCUCCGCCGCGGCGGCUGCUCCUUCUCCACCAAGCUCGCCAACAUCCCCGCCUUCCCCCCCUCCCCGCACGCCCUGCAACUCGUCAUCAUCGUCUCGGACGACGACCACGACAGCAGCCCCGAAAACCCCCACCCAGGCCUCGUGCGCCCCCUGCUCGACGAGGUGCAGCGCACGCCGGGCGGCAUCCCGCGACGGCACCCGCUCGCCAUGGUCAUGGUGGGCGGCGGGGAGAUGGUGUACCAGCAGCUGAGGGCGGCGAGUAGGGUGGGGUUGGUGAGGCGGUACUUUGUUGAGAGUCAGGGGGUGAGGGUGGGGAAUAUCAUUGUGGAUGAGGGGGGGGAUGGGGGGGAGUGGUGA